AUGGACCACAAAUCAUGGCCUUGGAAGAAAACAUCUACAGAGAAAACAAUGAUUCCAGUUGACAGAGUAAACGUAGAGAGUGAAGAUGAGACAAAUUUAACUAAUACAGUGGAACCACAGACAACUUUGAAGCUUCAAGAUGAAAAUCUUUCAGCUGUUAAAGGAUGGGAGAAAGCUGAAUCAGAAGUUUUAGCACUAAAACAAGAACUAGAGAAAGCUACACAACAAAGAGAAGCAUUAAAUGAGUGUAUGCUUCAGCUUCGUUUUGUUCGUGAAGAACAGGAAAAAAAGAUACAUGAUGAUUUAAUGAAAACAUCAAAUGAACAUGAAAAAAAGAUAGCUGAAUUAAAUAAAAAAGUUUCAAAACUUGAAUUGGAAAACAGUCAAUUAAUUUACUCUCUUUCAUCAAAGGAAAAGCUAAUUAACGAACUACACUCUGUUAGAGCUCAAUUAGAUUAUGAUUUAAGUGCUGUUGUUGGUCAACUGGAGUCAACUCAGAGAGAAAAUGCUUCUUUAAGUUAUGAAAUCCGAGUUUUAGAAAAGGAACUUGAGAUCAGAAACGAAGAGAGAGAAUUUAACCGAAGAACAUCUGACGUGGCACAUAAGCAAUACCUAGGAAGCGUCAAAAAGAUCGCGCAGUUGGAAACCGAAGCACAAAGACUCCGCUCACUUCUCCAAAAACGCUUACCUGGCCCUGCUGACGUGGCAAAGAUGAAGAACGAAGUUGACCUUACAAGAAGAAAGUCAAACCCUUUUCCAAUUGCAUCAAAGAUCACCUUCUUGACUGAACAGUUGUGUUCGUUUGAAGAAGAGAACAGACUCCUUAAGGAGUUUCUCAACCAAAAGUCAAAAAGUCAAACGGCCAUACCUGCCACGUCAUCUGACAUGGGUAGCGAUGAAAAAGUCAGCAUGGUUGGAUCGUGGGCCCCAUCUUGUAACACCGUUAAUGCUUCUGAUAUCGGUUUGAUGGAUGAUUUUGUCGAGAUGGAAAAAUUGGCGCUUGAAGAUAUGAAAAAAAAUGAAACCCUAGAAUUUAACAAUUCUGGUGUGAAUAAAUCGAUACAGAGACUUAUUGAGAUUAUUGAAGGUGUUAAAUUGUGUAAAAAAGAUGAUAUUUUAUCAUCAUCAUCAUCUUCAUCAUCAACAUCAUCAACAUCAUACACUGUUCAUAUAUUUCAAUGGAAAUUAUCCGAGAUUCGCGAUGUUUUGGAAGGAUUUUUAAAAAAAUGUAACGAGUUGUUAAAUGGGAAAGUGGGAAUGGAGGAGUUUUGUAAAGAGUUGACUUUCUCCCUUGAGUGGAUAGUCAACCAUUGUUUUUCUCUUCAAGAUGUUUCGAGUAUGAAAGAUGAAAUCAAGAAGCAUUUUGAGAGUGAGGUGGAAGGUGGGCCCACUGGUGGUCAAACGGAUAAGUUUGACUUUCCGAAAGACCAGUUGCCAGGGUGGCCAAUGGCCGCUUCUUGGAAUGUAAUGGUGGGUGGUGUUGAUAAAUUAAAAGAAAGUAAUACAAUCCCAAAUGAAGAAAGGAUAACAGGAAAUGACAUAGAAAAACGUGAUUUGGAAAAGGAAAAGGACGAAAAAGCCCUUCCAAGUGAGAAGGAAAUAAUGGAAGCUUCUGAGAAACUGGCUGAAUGUCAAGAAACGAUACUAAACCUUGGGAAGCAGUUAAAGGCAUUAAGUGGUUCGCCUGUAGAAGAGACGAGUGAAAUUACGGUAUCGCCCUUGCCUUCGCCAAAACGAAACAGUAACCAGCGGAUCUCUCUGCUUGAUAAAAUGAUAACGGAGGAUGCAACGGGAGCUUUGAGGAGUCAAAAGAGCAAAGGGUUGGAUAGUAAUUUGAGUUUGAACAGCAACAUUGGGAAUGUUGGUGUGAUGUCUCCGAGGAUGUUUGUGAGUGUUGAUGGAGUGAAAGAUGAGAAGGAUGAAGAAGCUUUGGUGAACUUUUUGUCGAUUGUGACAAAUAAGAAGAAAAGUGGUGGUGGUGGUGGUGGGAUUUUGAGGAGAUUGUUUGGGAGGAAAAAAAGCUUUAGUAGUAAGUAGUAAGUAGUGGUGAUAAGUAAUAAGUGAUAAGUGAUGGGUUGGGUUGUGAGCUUUUUGGUUGUUUGGUUUUAUUUGGAAAUAAUGGUGUGAGGUUGAGGUUGAGGGAAGGACUUUGUUCUUGUGUUUGUGUAAAUAUGAUUAGAAGAAAUGGAAAUGGGGUUUGCUUUUGAUUUUGUUGUCUUCUAGCCGGGUUUUGGAUUAUAAGAUAUUAAUGCUACUAUUUUAUAUGUUUUUAAUCAUUUAAUGUAUAAUAUAAUAAGUAAG